AUGUCCGCCGAUCUAUUUGCUGCCUUUGUAACAGCAGAUGAUAAUCAUGGCGAGGUGGGAGACGCGAUCCAGCCACCCCUUGGAAAGGUCGAGCAAGACUUAGAUGGCCACGACUUCUCGGUGCGAAAUGUAACUACUCCAGGAGGGACAGCCCCCGGGCUUCAAGCGACACCCCUCUGGAAACGAGAUGUCGGUGGAAACGACGUCCUCUUCGACGCCGAAGACGAACCAAAUGUUGAAGACGAUGAUUUUGGCGACUUUGAAAUAGCGAACGCAUCGGAGGGAACGGCUCCUCAUAACCAACUCCAUCAUACAAGCCAUGAGAGUGUGUCCUUGGGAAGGCUCAUCCCAGACCUCCUUGACGAUGGCAACCACAGAAAGCUGUCUUUCUCUGGGCCGCCUACUGCCUCGACCAUUGUGACAAAUCCAGGUGCCAUAAACCAGACGAACUUGCCACCGACCAAGCUUGAAACCCGGUCAGAGGGAUCCCAGGACCAAGGCACUUCGGAGGGUUGGUCAGAGUUUGAAGAUGCCCAAAAUGUCGACGAUGUACGAACACCUGAGGAGCCUUUCAAAAAGCCUGAAGACAAACCCUUCCCAUCUCAAGGAACCACAGUCAAUGACGAGGACGAAUGGGAACCUUUCGAAGAUGGGCAAACCGACAUGCCACCGCAACCACCUCCUUCGGUAGAGCCAGAAAUUGCAUCAACAGGUUCAAGGCCAAUUUCGACGUUCCAAGCGGCGAUUCCUUCCUUCGAGCGACCUACAAAUGUCCCCCCACCGUCUUCGCUGCUACAAUUAAUGAGUACCGUGUUCGAUCAACUCCACCAGGCAAAUGUUACGAAUAACAUAUCCAAGCCAGCUUUGGCAACAAAGGUGCUUUUAGUUUAUAGAACAGCGAGCCGACUGGCAGCCGGGCGAUCGCUUCGAUGGAAACGGGAUGCCCUUCUGUCGCAGAGUAUGAAGAUAGGACAGGCGGGAGCAAGGGGAGGCAUGAAGCUUGCAUCAGUGGACAAGGGCGAAGCUGCAAAGGAGAGCCGAGACUUGGAAGAAAUGAUUCACGAUUGGAUGAAAAACAUUCAUGAAUACAACAGCAUCAUUGCUCAUGCUGGACUGCCACCUCAACGGCUGAAAAUGUCUGCGGCCCCGAAUCUGAGAAUCCAGAAGUCUUGGGGCUCCUCCGACAUCAAGCAAUGCGCAUUAUGCGGGCUGAAAAGGACAGAACGACUAGUUGACGUCGAUGUUGAUACCGACGACCUUUUUGGAGAGUUCUGGACCGAACAUUGGGGUCACAAAGACUGCUACGAGUUUUGGUAUUCCUACAAGGGGCUCCUAGCACAAAGAUAA